GGGGAGCAUCUCUCAUUCUCUCUCUUUGGAAGUCGAGCAGAAGAAACCAUGGGAGAACAGCGGGCGAAGGAGGAGGCUCUUCGAACCCUCGGCCUCUUCCAAGCGUUCCCCAAACUGGUCGUCUUCGAUCUCGAUUACACCCUCUGGCCUUUCUAUUGUGAAUGCCGCUCCAAAAAUGAAAUGCCAUCUCUUUAUCCACAUGCUAAGGGUAUCUUAUAUGCACUCAAGGAUAAAGGCAUUGAUGUGGCAAUUGCUUCUCGAUCUCCGACUACUGAUAUAGCUAAAACAUUCCUCCAAAAGUUGGGCAUCCAAUCCAUGUUUGUUGCUCAGGAAAUAUUCUCUAGCUGGACUCACAAGACUGAGCAUUUUCAGAGGAUUCAAAGAAGAACUGGAAUAUCAUUGAAAUCAAUGCUUUUCUUUGAUGACGAGUACAGAAAUAUUGAAGCGGUCUCAAAAAUGGGAGUAACAAGCAUUCAUGUGGAGAAUGGUAUCAACCUUGAAAAGUUAAGAUUGGGAUUAAGAAACUUCUCUCGUGCUUCUUCAUCAACCAACGUAGAUCAGGCUGAUUGAUGUAUACAUAAGAAGGGUUGACCUACGGCGGUUUGAAAAAAUCGUCUGCCUGGACUCAUUUUACCAUCUUGGUAUACUUCCUUUUCUGAAUUAUGUGCUCCUAAAUUUUAUUCAACUCCUUUGCCUAUCCGUUACGAGUGUGGAGCCCAAGUUUCCAAUUUCCUAGUUGAUUUGUCAAUGGCUUCUGCAUUUGAUUGUAUUUGUACUGAUUUCUGGUUUAAUAGCAUGUGCUGCAUCUUGGCCACUUA